AGUUACGCAAGUACAGUCGUCUCAACGACGUCGUCCAAUUUAUCGGAUAAUCCAAUUCAAUUUCCCAUAAACUUUCUUUGAGGUUCUGUCGCUUCAUUAAACUCUCUUAUCUUCUUCUGCCCCUUUUCCACUUCAAUUAGGUAUAUCGCCGAUUCGAUUCCCAAUUUGCUUAAACUCAAUUAGGCUUUCCUGCGUCAAUCAUUCAAUUAAAGUUUCGGAUUGUUAUAUUUAAGUAGAUGUAGUGUGGUUUGAUUGCUAAAUGGCAUCCUCUGAUGGUAGAGUUACGUAUUCUUCAUUAUCUAAGCUAGAAAAGGAGAAUACCCAUUUUGGCUACGAUGAUAUAAAUCAUCAUGGUGAAUCUGUGUGGUCUGAGCUUAUGCCUGGUACCCCGUGUGGCCAAUUAGUCCCAACGUUGUCUAACAAAGAGACAUUGUAUCAGUUUCCCUCUGAGGAUGAUGACUUGUUUGAUGGAGGUUAUGAAUCAGGUGAUGAUGCUCGUGGUAUUGUACCCUCUAACAGGCCGCCUGAGGUGAACUUGAAGAAUGUGCUUUCUGGGAUCUUUGCUAUUUUGUCUGGACGGACCAAGGCUCCGAGUGUUACUGCAAACCAGCAGCUCCCUAGUUCAAAUGUGUCAUUUUUUGACUCUGGAAAGAAUGGGGAUGUUUUCCUUGACUCUUCGGUGUACACGCCAAGUGCUCCGCCGCUUUGUCUGCCAAAUGGAAUUGAUUAUAGUUCUUACAAAGAGGUCUUGGAAGCUGAACCCCCUGAGUGGCUCCCUGAUAGUUCUACUACUGUUUGUAUGCAAUGUAGUGCUCCUUUUACUGCGAUUACCCGUGGUAGACAUCAUUGCAGGUUUUGUGGGGGGAUUUUCUGUCGAACAUGUACAAAGGGGCGGUGUUUAAUGCCUGUUGGGUUCAGGGAAAGAAAUCCCCAAAGGGUUUGUGAUGCCUGCUAUGAUCGGCUUGAUCCUUUACAGGGCGUUCUGAUCAACACCAUAAGCAAUGCCGUACAGGGGGCUAAGCAUGAUGUCACGGACUGGACUUGUGCUAGAGGAUGGAUUAAUCUUCCUAUUGGUUUAUCUAUGGAGCAUGAGAUUUAUAAAGCAUCUAAUACAUUAAGAAACUACUGUCAGGUGGCCAAAUCCAAUCCUGAGAAGUCCAUUCCUUUAACUGUUCUUAAAAGUGCCAAGGGCCUAGCAAUUUUAACAGUUGCUAAAGCUGGUGCACUAGUCUCUUACAAACUGGGUACUGGCUUGGUUGUUGCUCGAAGAUCAGACGGAUCAUGGUCUGCACCGUCAGCAAUAUUCUCCCUGGGUUUAGGAUGGGGUGCUCAGAUUGGUGGUGAACUUAUGGAUUUUAUAGUUGUUCUUCGUGAUAUGAAAGCUGUGAAGACAUUCUGCAGCCGUAUGCAUUUUUCUCUGGGUGCUGGUUGUAGUGCUGCAGCAGGGCCUGUUGGGAGAGUGCUUGAGGCAGAUAUUCGUGCUGGUGACAGAGGCUCUGGCAUGUGUUACACUUACAGUUGCAGUAAAGGUGCAUUUGUGGGAGUGUCUUUGGAAGGAAAUAUAGUUGCAACCAGGAUGGAUGCCAAUUUGUGCUUUUAUGGUGAUCCUUACCUCACCACAUCUGACAUUCUACUGGGAAUGGUGGACAGACCAAAGGCUGCUCAACCCUUGUAUGGCAGUCUUCAAGAACUAUAUUCCUGUCUACGAUUCUAAGCUGGUCCCUGGUUCCAGUUACAGAAUUGCAUCAUUUUUUCUGUCUUCUGCAAGUGGUGUGAUAAAUAGUGCCUGAUGUAUAUACAGUUCUAGUUCUACAUGGAUUUCUGAAAUGUAUGGAUGAGGGAUCUCCUCAUAAUUCAGUUAUACAUCAUAUGUUUACUACAAAUGAUCCAUAUAUCUAAUACACGAAUUUAUAAUGUGAAUAUGUUAGACUAAUUGUACAUAGACAAUUGGUGAAAUAAGUUCUAUUCGUUUGCUGAA